AUGUCGAGAGCAACCCGGUCGAGCGCCCGGUUGGCCGCCUCAACAGCCGCCACCAAGCCAACCGAGGACGUUGCGCAUCCCGUCAAUCAUGGCACCAAAUCUGCAAAAGGCUCGACCAGGGCCGUGAAGCGGGAUCCGUCUGGCAAGGGAGGCAUUCCUCAGCCAGAGAAAAGGAAACGCGCCGCUACCAGGACCUCAACGGCGACCCCCUCAAAAAAGGUCAAGACGGAAGACGAUGAUGAUGCGCCAUCACCGGCCUUUGCCAACGUCCCUCCGUUGACACCCCUCAAAAAGGAGGCCAUCAAGUCGGAGAGCCCGGACGCCAAGGCAAAAAAGCUGGCAAAGUCGCCCGCCGACCUGAAGUCUAAGAAACUCAAGGCGUACUCGCAAUACGCCGACAAAUCGCCCUUUCCUGACUUUGCUCACCCGACCCCGGACGAGUGUCGCCUGGCCCACCGGAUUCUGGCUGAGCUGCACGGCAAACGGGAAAGGCCCGCCGAGGUCAAGGCCUCGGCGACCCGUGCCGGCUGCGGCGACUCGCCCUCCGUUCUCGACGCCCUCGUGAGGACGAUCCUGAGCCAGAACACCAGCGACACCAACUCCACCCGCGCCAAGCGGAGCAUGGAUGCUGUCUACGGCGGCAGCGACGAGUGGGAAAAGAUUGUCGAGGGCGGCGUCCACAAGCUGCAAGAGGCCAUCAAGUGUGGCGGUCUGAGCCAGGUCAAGAGCAAGGUCAUCAUCGGCAUCCUGAACCAGGUCAAGGAGAAGUACGGUUCCUACACGCUCGACCACCUCUUCAACGCCACCAACGAAGAAGCCAUGCAGGAGCUCAUCAGCUUCCAGGGCGUCGGCCCAAAGACGGCCAGCUGCGUCCUCCUCUUCUGCCUGCAGAGGGAAUCCUUCGCCGUAGACACCCACGUCUGGAGGAUCACCGGCCUCCUGGGCUGGCGUCCCAAGAGCGCCUCCCGAGACGAGACCCAUGCGCACCUCGACGUCAGGAUCCCGGACGAGGACAAGUACGGGCUCCAUAUCUUGCUCGUCAAGCACGGCAAGGUGUGCGAUGAGUGCAAGGCCGGCGGCAAGAGCAUCGGGAAAUGCGAGCUGAGAAAGGCCUUCCGGCAGGAGAAGAUCAAGAGCGAGGAGGGGAAGCCGUCCAAACUGGAUGAAUAG